AGAGAGAGAGAGAGAGAGAGACUCUGAAUAAUAGUAGAGAGGCUGAAACGCGUCGCGUUUCUGAUUCUCCUCGUUUGCUCCAGUAUUAGUCACUGAAUCCGGAGGAAAAAAGCAGAAGAAAGAAACAGGGAGGAUAAAUUCUGUGUCUUGGUGUUUUUUUUUUUAAUAAGUAAUGCUAAUAAUGUUGAAGGGAAGGACCGAUUGGCCACCGAGUCUGACUCGAAUCUGCUGAAUAUUGGGGGAGUUGGUUCAACGCCUGGUUUUGAUUCUCCAGAAAGAAUAGGAAUCGGUGAUGGAAAAUGAUUCCAUUUGUCUUCCGUGUGAAGAUUUUGUGGACGAAUUUCUUAUUUCUUAAUGUGAUUGAUACUUGUGGUUACUUAAGCGCACUUUCGUGGAGAAAUUUCUAGUCUUCCAAGUUUGUUUGAAGAUUCGUUCAAGCCAUGCCCACACCGGCGAUGAGUAGCAAAAGGUGAGAGCUUCUUGGGCUUUUUACUCGGGAAAAUUUGAACUUGUUUUCAAGCUCUGCUCAAAAAACCCAAGGACUCACUAAUUCUUUGACCCUUUUCUUGUACAAUUUUUGGCAAUUAUUGGUGAGUUCUCAAUUUCUUCACUCUGUAUUGUUGCGGGGAAACAUUGCGGAUUUUUGCUUGGUGUUGAAUUUAGAAACUAUUCUCAGCUCUGUUUUGUUCAUAGUGACAACCACCUUGCUCUUUUGACUCUCUACCUUACUCAAGUGUGGGCUUUUGUUGAUUUUUGAGCUUCAACUCUUUCUCUUCCUUCACAUAGAGUUUUCUUGCUGUCUAUGGAUAAGAGAAACCAUCUAGUUCUUCCCCGCAGGAAAACAUCGAAGUUGGCCACAUUCUUCAUUUUCUACUUCCUCAUCACCACUGUGCAAUGCCAUGAGAGGCUAGUCAAGCAUAUCUCCACUGAGCCUCCGUCACCAUCUAAGGCCCCAGAAUUCAAGGAUAGAUUUCAGAGGAUUAUCUUGAGCAUAUUGUUUGGAGUCAUAACUGGAUUGAUUUGUGCCCUUCUAUUUGCUUGCGUAAUCCGAUGUUUCAUCAGGUACAUCAACAGAACUCCCAUUCUUAAGGGCCCAGUUGUGUUUUCUCCUAAAAUUCCACCCAAGACCCUAGAGUCAGCCCUUUCAAACGAAACCCUGUUGCUAGGGCCAAACCCUAAUAGUAAGUACUACAGAACUGUUCUUGACAAUGGGCUGACGAUUGCUGUCAAGAGGCUUGAGCUCUUUGGAAAUGGGUCUCCACAGAUUCAGAGCAAGUCGGCUAAGAAAAAAAUACAGCAGGAGCUUGAAAUGCUUGCUAAUUUGCGGCACCGGAAUUUGAUGAGCUUAAGGGCUUAUAUUCGUCAAUCCCUUGGGUUUUCGUUGGUUUAUGAUUAUAUGCCCACUGGGAAUCUUGACGAUGCAAUGACCAGAGUGAGAGAAAAUCAGUUGCAACUCAGCUGGGAUAUCCGGCUCCGGAUUGCCAUUGGGAUCGUUAAAGGGCUCCAUUAUCUUCACUUCAGCUGUACCCCUCAAGUUUUGCAUCACAACCUGAAGCUUACGAAUGUGAUGUUGGAAGCAGAGUUUCAGCCGAGGUUGGCGGACUGUGGGUUGGCUAAGCUCAUACCCAAUUUUGAUAGAGGUGCAUCGGGCUACACUGCUCCUGAGUGUUUUCAGAAUUGCAGGUACACUGACAAGAGUGAUGUAUUCAGCUUUGGGGUCAUAUUGGGUGUUCUGUUGACUGGUAGAGACCCCAUGGAUCCAUUCUUUACAGAAGCUACCGGUGGUGGAAGUCUGGGACGGCGGCUUCGGCAUCUGCAGCAAGCAGGUGAGGCUAGGGAAGCCCUGGAUAAAAGUAUUCUUGGGGAAGAAGUCGAGGAAGAUGAGAUGCUAAUGGCAAUAAGAAUUGCUGUUGUAUGUCUUUCUGACUUGCCUGCUGAUCGCCCCUCCAGUGACGAGCUUGUUUCUAUGCUAACCCAAUUAAACAGUUUCUGAAGACACACCUAAGUUGCUAUUGACACUUCAGUUUCUCCAGAUUUAGGUAAUUGAUUGUUUUGAAGGAGACUUCACUCACUGCCAAAGAGCUUUUGGUUGAUCCCACAGCUUCUCACGUGUAGCUGUCCAAUUUGUUGAUUGGGUUUUUCCGUGGAAGCAACCAAUCUGCUGUGACAUUUUAAUUGCCUUAUCAUCAAUCCAAAUGGAGUUGGCUCUAGUGAAUUUGUGAAGUGUCUAAAAUGGUGUUAAGGGUGCUGAUAGUGGCUCUCCACCACUGCAGUUUGUAUGUGUAAAUGACCAAUACUGUGUGAAGAAGCUAAUGAAAUUUAAAGAGAUUCCUAUAGUGCUUGAAACCAGUACUAUGUUGGACUGGAGACACCUGCUUUAAAGUUCUUUUAACAUAUAAUGAUGGUGGG